AUGGCAGGAGAUAAAAAGACAAUCCAUCCGGCGUUUGCUAUCAACAACAUCAAAAUCGUAAUCCCUAUUAUCCUAGACAUCAAACAGGAUGAAUACUCAUCUUGGGUUUUUCUGUUUGAACUCCAUCUUCAGGCUCAUCGCCUUCUUUUUCUCAUCAACGAAGACAAACCCCCUGCAGAUGUUGACGCCGACACCGUGCUCCAACUCGACGCUCUCUGUCGACAGUGGAUGUUCUCCACCAUGGCCAAGGAUUUAAUGCUUACCGUCCUCAAAUCUGGCAAAACUGCUAAAGAACUUUGGGAUCAUCUUAAGAAGCUUUUUCAAGACAACAAAGGUAACCGCGCUGCGACUCUUGAACGUAAGUUUGUCAAUCUUAAGUUUAUUGAUUGCAAUAGUAUUGAUGAUUACUGCGAUAAGCUAAAAUCCCUGUCCGAUCGAUUACUUGAUCUUGACUUUCCCAUGGAUGACAAACGCCUUGUGAUCCAACUUUUCAACGGCCUUCCGGAGGAAUACAACACGGUAGCAUCUUUUAUCCAACAAUCAAUGCCGACGUUUGAUGCCGCUCGAUCCCAGCUGCGUACCGAAGAGAUUCGACGCUCCCAACAACAAUCACAGUCUGCACCUACGGCUCUUGCCGCUGCAGCUCCAACCACAGAUCGCAACAACUAG